ACAUUACAUUUUUAUUUCCUAGUUCUCAAUUUCUUAUUUCCGAUCCCCCUUUUCCCUACCCUUUUUUGUGUUGUGGUGAAGCGGCUGCGGCAGUUGGGAGAAGAAUGAAUCGAAUCACAGUUCCAAUGGAUGAGCCUAAGCCUUCUUGCCACUCCACACUUUCUACUGCUUCUCACCUUACUCGCUCUGAACUUCUGAAACGCCGUUUCCAGAAUCUGAAGCGUCUCUCCAAGUGUUACAGGGACCUCUACUGGCACCUCAUGGAACACGUCAAGACUCUCUACAGAAACUACCUUUAUCACUAUGCUCUUAACCCUUUUAGCCACUUCCACUUUCCCACCUGUGCUUUCCUCGGUUGCAACCUCAAGCCCAUGCCUUUCACUUCCUUUUGCCACUUUCACAUUCUCUCCGAUUCCAACCAGAAGCUUUAUAAGCCCUGCAAUUAUGUUAUCAAAGGUGCAGAAGCUGGACCUAUAACUUGUGGGAAACCCAUACUGAGAUCCAUUGUUCCAGCUCUUUGCACUGUGCACUCUCACAAGGCUCAGAAGCACCUUGCAAGGGCUUUGAAGAGGAACAGUAGGAACAUUUCCUCCACAACUAACAUCCAUCCUAAAUUUCAUGCCUUGGUGUCAGAAUUUGUAAAACACAUUCAAGCGAGAAGAAAGAAACAACGGGAAAACAAAAGUAAAACUGUGUUCAAAGACAGAAUGAUAGCUGCUUGAGUGUAUGAAAGUGGAUGCAUAUCGUGCUCAUCCUCCUAAACUUCUAAAGUGAAGUCGUAUUGGAUUUUAGAACUUCAUAAAAUUUAAAAUAAUGAAGUCCUGUUAUGUAAUAGUGAUUUUUUUUGUUUUUGUAAAAUAUGUGAAUUGAAGUAGCUAUUACUUUCCAUUUGAUUGAGGGAAAGCAAAGUAGUUAAGUUUUAUAGCAACUUUCAAUCGAAAUAAUGUCGUCUUUCAUGUUAA